UAAUGCCACUAUUACUACUAAUAAUAACAGCAGUAAUAAUGAGACAAAGGUAAAUAGUGGUAGUAGAUACACAUUUAGUAAAAAUAGUAUAAUAUUUGAUGGGACGUUUUUUCCACCAUUAGAAAAAGUUUUAAUAAAUAAAUCUGGAACACCUUUAUCACAAUACAAUUUUCAUUCUUAUUUGAGACAAGAAUGGCAAGGUCAAGAAAAUUUGAAUUUUUGGUUGGAUGUUGUCACUCAUGAAAACUUGUUUGAAUCAUGGCGUGAAUAUCAAAAUAAAAUAAAAAAAUCAAGACCAAAAGAACAAGGACAAGGAAACGAAAAUGAAUAUUAUGAAUACGAUUAUGAAGAAGAAGAUGAUGAAAUGGAAGAAGAUGAUGAAUAUUAUGAACAAGAUGAAGAAGAAUGGGGGUCAACUAAUACUGUAGCUUUAUCAUCGAUAGCUUCAAAGAAUCCUGUAAUAUCAUCAAGUUCAAAAUUUAAUUCUACUACUUAUGGAAUAAAGGGAAGCGGGAGAAGUAAUGAUGAAAAAAAUGAAGGAGAAAGAAGUCAUAAUGUGAUUUCUGUCAUUGAAGAUAAUGAUUAUGGUGAUAACAGUAGUAGCAGUAACAGCGACAAUUUUUAUGAUAAACCAAGAAAAAAUGGUCAUAAACUAGAAAUUAUUAAACGUAUUAAUGAAGAAGAUUUGGCAAAAUCAGCUUUAAGUAUUUACGAGAAAUAUGGUCACAUGAAUAUCUUACCAGAAGAAAGUAGAACUACAAUGCAAGAUCUCAUUGAACGUCAAGGAAGAUACAAUCCUGUGGUGUUCUCAUCUGCCAAAUCAUAC